AAUAGAGAGAUGUGUCAAAAUAAAAAUUGAGCAAUUGGGUGUCUGUUGGAGGAAAAUCUGCCGUAGUCGCAUUUUAGCAGUGUUUUCUGGUUGCAGGACAACUUCCUCAUUGUUGGUGUGGCAAAUACCAUUUGGGAGGAAGCUAGUGUACACAUCCAGUGGUGAGGGGAGCUUGUGAAAAGUGGGCAAAAGUUUUUCCAGCAACUCCCCGAAUUGGGUGCUCCCAAGUGAAGAGAGAGAGAAGAAAAAAAGUCAUAUUUGUGUGCGUGGUGGAAUGGAAAGAUCCAGUGCUGGGUGAAAAUUGGUGUUGAAGACUUUCCGCUUGUGGACUAACUCAGCCGGCACAAGUGUGCCCCAUUUGGGCUGUUCUUUCGCACAUCCGGAACGCUGAGUCAUCCGUAAGGAGGGAGCGCUCCCGUCUACAGCUGCAUUGUGUGACUCAAUAUUUAGACGAGGAAAAUCUUAUUUGAGAAAUGGCGUCGCUCAAUGACAGACUUCUCGCUGCUCGGCACAGUUUAGCUGGCCAGGGCCUCGCAAAAUCCGUCUGUAAAGCCACCACCGAGGAGAUGAUUGGCCCCAAGAAGAAGCACUUAGACUAUUUAGUACACUGUACCAAUGAGCCGAAUGUAUCAAUUCCACAUUUGGCUAAUUUACUCAUUGAAAGAUCACAAAAUACCAAUUGGGUGGUGGUCUAUAAAGCUCUCAUCACAGUACAUCAUUUACUGGCAUAUGGAAAUGAGAGAUUCAUGCAAUAUUUAGCAUCAAGUAAUUCGACGUUUAAUUUAAGCAAUUUCCUCGAUAAAGGAGGUGUACAAGGAGCUGUUGGAGCAAGAAUUGAUUUAUCUUCAAGGGAUAGUAGCAUUGGAUACGAUAUGUCGCCCUUCAUUCGGCGAUAUGCAAAAUACUUAAAUGAGAAGGCAUUGUCCUACCGUACAGUGGCCUUUGACUUCUGCAAGAUGAAACGUGGAAAGGAGGAGGGUACCAUCAGGACGAUGAAUGCUGAUAAAUUGCUAAAGACUCUGCCGGUGCUACAGGCUCAGCUUGAUGCUCUUCUUGAGUUUGAUUGUACAGCAAAUGACCUCACAAAUGGUGUUAUCAGUAUGUGCUUCACAUUGCUCUUUCGCGAUCUUAUUCGACUGUUUGCAUGCUACAAUGACGGCAUUAUUAAUCUAUUGGAGAAAUACUUUGAUAUGAAUAAGAAGCAGUGUCGGGAUGCAUUGGAUUUGUACAAGAAAUUCCUCGUGAGGAUGGAUCGUGUUGGUGAAUUUCUCAAAGUGGCAGAAAAUAUGGGUAUUGAUAAGGGUGAACUGCCGGACUUGACAAAAGCACCCAGCUCUCUAUUGGACGCCCUCGAGGGUCAUUUGGCAUUUUUAGAGGGCAAAAAAGGAUCAGCCGCUAAUACUCCAACACAAACAGCAAGCAACCAAAAGAACGUAAAGAGUGGUGUGUCUGCCCUCUCUUCUACUAGUUCAUCGUUUGGAACGGCCGCAGCGUCAGCACGAUUUGAUAAUCACACAAAUGGUAUUGAUGAGGCGCUAAAGGCACAGGCGCUGGCGGAAGAGGAAGCCGCAAUGAACCAGUACAAGUCGAAAGUCUCAUCACCCGGUGGAGCAAAUUCAUCAACAAAUCCCUUCCUAUCAUCACCACCGGCCACCCAAACGGCACCCAUUGUGGAUCUCUUUGGGGGCUCACCGGGUGGUGAUGGUGCCACAAAACAAAAUGAAGCCAUUCCAUCAGGACCGACAAAGGCCUCAGAUGAUCUCCUUCAGUUGGGCAAUCCGUUUGCUGAUAUUUUCUCAGCACCACCUGCAGCGGGUACGGCUGCUCCUGUGGCACCGGGUAUCCCACAACAGGCACCUGCAGGAAAUAUGUGGAUGAGUAAUGGAUUCAAUGGAACAGCUGCUGCUGCUGCUCCACAAGGAGGCAACACAUUCGUGUCAGACAGUAAUUUCUCCUCUGUAUUUGGAUCAACAGAACCUGCUGGUCCACAGGCGACAGCUCAAGCGACUCAACCGGCAACUGGCACAGGGAAGGUGCUCACCGGUGACUUGGAUAGUUCAUUGGCAUCACUUGCGGAAAAUCUCACCAUAAACAAGAGCGCUUCUGCUCAAGUCAAGGGAAUGCAGUGGAACUCUCCAAAGAAUGCCGCAAAACCCGGAGCUAAUUGGACACCACAACCCAUGGCGGCGACAACUGGGGCUGGUUAUCGUCCUAUGCAGGGAAUGGCACCCAUGAGGCAACCAAUGAUGGGUGCACCCAUGGCUGGGAUGCAGGGUAUGCCAAUGCAGGGACAACCAGGAAUGCCAGGGAUGAUGGCACAGCCAGCACCAGGGAUGGUGGCACCUCAGGGACAAGUGGCACCGACUCAGGCAUCAGUUGGUGUACCGCAGCAAGCCAAUGUCCAACUUGAUCCCUUUGGGGCCCUCUAAGAAGGUGUCCAACACUCAAAUCAUGAGGGAUUUUUCAUAAAAAAAAUUAAAGUCAAGGUUUGUUUUCAAUACUUUGAGGUAUUUUUUUUUUGCUUAAGAAAAGAGAACACAAAGAAAACGAUUUAGAGGCAGGAAAAGUGGUUUUGAUCAAUGCAAAAUUCUCCAACGUUUGCUAUAAACACUCUUAAAAAAAAUACUAAGGCGAAAAGUGCCUAAGUUAAUCAGUGCUGGAGUAUUUUAGCAGAACACUUUAGUUAAAGUCGUCAAAGUAUACAUAACUGUUUUUGGUUCGGUUUUAAAGCUCAGAAAACUUUUGCAAAAAUGAUAAAAACAAUUUUUAGUGACGGAAUAAUAUAACUAAAUGAAACAGUCGAAAUGACAGAAGUUUAUCUGUUAAAAUAUUUAUAUAUUUUACAUUUUAAUUGAUGAGUAGGCAGUUUCGCCAUUUUCGCGUAUUCAAUCUCUUUAAAUUUAUUUGUGCAUAUUAGAGCUAUCACAUACCGAUACAGAAAUAAAACUCUAACAUCUUCUAAUUCUAAAUUCUUCUUUAUGAAUAAUCACUAUUUCAGUAAAAAGAAAAUAAUUCUAACUAAUUUGUAAUUUAAUUUAAUUGAAUUUUCGGGAAUUAAUAAAUAUUUGGGAAAAUUUUGUUAACGUUUUCGGUGAAACGAACUGUCAAAGAGCUUUUGGAUUCGAGAGGAUAGGUGCAGAUUUUUGCUGUCAAAUAACUUUCUUGGUUUCAAUCUAUCAAAAUAUGCUUUCCCAGAUUAGAUUAAAAAAUAAUUAAGGUUUUAAUCAAUUUUCGUUUUCUCGGGAUAUACGCAAAAUUGGGAAUUUUUAAGAGAAUUUUUCUAAAUAAGAGGAAACUUUUUUCCAAACAAGAUUUCCUCUGGAUUAUGUCAAGGGCGUGGCUUAUUAAACUCUCUAGUUAUCAUAGAUUCCCAUUUAAUUAUGAAAAGAAUGAUGAAUUAGGUCCCUAGACUUUACUUAACGAAUUUCAGUCAUAAAUAUAUUAUGACAAAUUUAGUUCAUUUUGACUAAAAUUAUUUGAUAGAAUACAAUUAGUGAUUUUAUGCAUUUCCGCAAAUUCAUUUUUAAGGGUGAUUAUAAAAGGAAAAUUCGAGUUAAUCGUUAGAAUUUGCACAAUACGAAAAUGUCUGCCACUAAACAUCUGAAAACUCUUAAUAGUUUUUUUUAAGUAUAAAUAUAAUUAAAAUUGUCUCUUUAUUCAUUUCAGUUAAUUAUUUAUUCGUCCGAGUUCAUGAGUUCAUUGCAUUAUAGAGACAGAUUCGCCGAGAAGAAGAAUUGUAAAGAUUAAAAGGAACGAAAUGAAAUUGUACUGAAAUUUUUGUGUCAGCAUUAGAUGCAACUCUCCAAUUUUUUUCUUCUUAUAAAUGGAGAAAAAAUUAAAAACAAAUAUUAACAACACCCCCCGUAGUAAUGUGAGAACUUUAAAAAUUCUCACAGUGCGUAGUAAUUCAGAGAAUUAUUGAAGGUAUAAAUGGGGAGAAAAAAUCUUUCUAAAUGUGUAAUUUAUUAUGAAACAAAAAAAAAGAAAAUUAGUUGUUGAAACUAAAGAUUGUGGAGAAAUUAUAAUUAUAAAUAGAACAAAAAAUAUAUUUAGAAUAUUUUUUUCAAUUCAUUUCGCGUGUUAAAAAAAUAUUAAUUUAGGAAUUGUACGUUCGAAACGAAUUUUUUUGUGCAUAAAGUGGAUGCAAAUUGCAUCGAGAUUUUUUCUUUGCCUUGUUCCGUAACUUUUUGUACAUUUUCCUCUCUAAUAGUUACGUUAAAAAUAUGCAAAAAAACUCACAUUCAUCACGUAGGAAAGAGAAGAAAGAUUUGUUGAUGAGACCACCAAAUAUUUGAUAGAUGAAAUGAGAUUGUUUGAACUUCUUGAGAAAGGGUUAGUUUUUUUUGCUCUUUUUCAGAGCUCACCGUUUGUUUUUGUGCAAGAAAAAGAAAAA